AUUCGAACUUACAUUUCUUCUUAAACCCUCCUCUGCCGCCAUAGACGUGCUGUUUUUAGCUGCGAAAAUCUUCACGUUCUCUUUUUCCGGCCGUUUCGAAAAUUGUGGCAUAAUUUGAAAAUGGAUACUCCGGUUACUCAGAUUAGCAAAAAACGAAAGUUUGUUGCUGAUGGCGUCUUCUUUGCGGAGCUUAACGAAGUGUUGACGCGUGAGUUGGCUGAGGAUGGAUAUUCUGGAGUUGAGGUUAGAGUUACUCCUGUGAGGACUGAGAUCAUCAUCAGAGCCACUCGUACUCAGAACGUUUUAGGUGAGAAGGGAAGGAGGAUUCGGGAACUGACAUCAGUUGUCCAGAAGCGAUUCAAGUUUAAAGAGAACUCUGUGGAGCUAUAUGCAGAGAAGGUUAACAACCGAGGGCUUUGUGCUGUUGCUCAGGCCGAAUCACUUCGCUACAAGCUCCUUGGUGGUCUUGCUGUUAGGAGGGCAUGCUAUGGUGUUCUGAGAUUUAUAAUGGAGAGUGGAGCCAAGGGAUGCGAGGUGAUCGUUAGUGGAAAGCUAAGGGCUCAGCGUGCUAAAUCUAUGAAGUUCAAAGACGGUUAUAUGAUUUCUUCCGGUCAGCCAGUCAAGGAGUAUAUUGACUCUGCUGUAAGACAUAUUCUCAUGAGACAGGGUGUACUUGGCAUCAAGGUUAAGAUCAUGCUUGAUUGGGAUCCAAAAGGAAAGCAAGGUCCAACAACUCCUCUUCCAGAUCUUGUCACAAUACAUUCUCCCAAGGAGGAAGAAGAUUACAUCAGAGCGUCGGUUGUGGUGCCAGACGUAGUGCCAACGAUGUUGCCAACUGAUAUUCCUAUCCCAGUCCCAGUUAUGUAGACAGCGAAUCUCACUUGCCUCUCGCUGAAUAAUCUCUGAAUGUUACAUCUAUAAGUCAAGUUUUAGUUUUUAUUCUUCUUUUUUCGUUCAUCUUUGGGUACUGUUAAACAUGUCUGGAAAUCCGUUACUUUAUAUGACUAUCUUUCUAAUGCACCUAAUAAGAUUUUUAUUCUAUUCUAUUAA